AAUACAAAAAACGUGCUGAAAAUGUCCCAAAGUGACGCUGGUGGCUAGUCGUUAUAAGACAUGGCGUUUCUACCGCACGUGGCUCUGUAUUUAGGUAUUUCUUCAUCUUGUAGUUCGCUCUUUCCCAUAUCGUCGAACUACUCGUACUCAGUCUCUCCUUCAAGAUGCAUAUUCCAACUUUCCAGUCUCUCGUUUGCCUUUCUCUCCUCACCGCUCCUUACGUAUCUGCUUUUCCUCUUGAUGAGAACCUACAGCCUAGAGCUGCUACAACCUGCAAUGCCAACGAUGUCAAGACUGUCAAGAACAGCAACAAGCAGCCAGUACCAUACUGCAAAUCAUGGCUCUCCAGCAAGCACUCCACAUCUACGGUCAAGGGUCUAAGUGUCGCCCAAGUCAGCAAUGCCUGUAAAUGUAUCCAAGCAUCCGCUUCAUCAUCUUCUGUCGCCGCAGCGAAGAAGACCACCAGCUCCGCAAAGAAGGCUUCUUCUACAAAGAAAGUAACUUCGUCAACGAAAAAGAUCUCCUCUUCCACAAAAAAGGCCACAACUUCGGUCAAGAAGACUACCUUCAAGCAGGCCUUGGUCGUCACCAAAGCUUCUUCUUCAUCAAGCAAGUCAUCUUCCACCAAGAAGUCAAGCACCUCAAGUCAGAAGACGUCGUCCAAGCCAACAUCUACACUCGUUCAGUCAACGAGCAAGAAGACUUCUUCCACAGUACUGAAGUCAUCGACAUCAACACUCAAGACCACUGCUAGAUCUACAAGUGUCACAAGCGAGAAGUCAACUUGGACUCCUGUUUCGACCAAGCAGAGCAGCAGCAGCUCUUUUAAAAUCAGCUCAAGUUCCACUUCGGCAAGAUCCACGGCUUCUUCAAGCUCCUCCACUCACUCUACUAUUUCUACUUCAUCGACAAUCACUUCCUCGGCUACAGGCUCCUCUUCCAGUGCAGUGGUCUCCAGCACUUUGAGUUCUGCAUUUUCUUCCGCCGUCGCCAUCCCUACUGAUCCUACUUCGGACGUUGUCGCCAACCAGAAAGCCCCCACCUCCGUUUCCACACGAUCAGCUUCCGACUCUCAGACUUCAACAAGCAAUGCUAUAUCAAGCGAGACCUCUUCGCCGUCUACCAACUCGAACACCGCUUCCACUGGAAGCAACAUCAUCACAAACGGCAACUUCAACGGGGGUUCCACCAACGGAUGGCACGGAGCUCGUGCAUACGGUACCAAGUUCUCGGUAGCUUCGCUCGCUGGCGACUCGAACUACGAAGCACUUGUCAAGUAUGCAUUGGCCGCCAACGACAACGCAAGUGGUCAGCUCUACCAGAACGUUAGCAUUCCAGCCAACUCUGCCUGGCAGCUUAACGCCGAUGUCUACCUCAACUACCCAAGCGGACUUCCUGCUGGAGUUUCUUGCGUGGUCAAGUACAGUCUGGGUAGUGACAGCAUCAUCCUUAAGCAAUAUGGUGCCGUCUCCACCAGCGGUGCUGUUCUUUCCGACACUGCUUCUGGCCAACUAUCGCAAGCUUUUACUGGCAGGUUCCAGAUUGAUACCUACUGUAACAGCGCUAGUUCUUCGGCAGCAAGCUUCGCCCUAGGCUUUGGUAACAUCCAGCUUCUCGUCUCGGACGCUGGCAGUGCUGCAACCACGUCCGCUGCUGCGACUUCAGCCGCGGCGCGCGUUGCAAGCACAACUGCCUCGAGCCCCUCAACAACAUCUUCGGCCGCAGGUGGCAGCGCAACAGCAAACAACAUGCUUACCAACGGCAACUUCGGUACCGGCGACUUCUCGGGCUGGGCCCUCUAUCGUCUCGGCAACCCUACAUUCGCAAUCCAAGGCGAUCCCAAUGCCUAUGUCUCUGUCAUCAAAUUCCCCGCUGGCGGUGAUUCAAAUUCCCAAGCUGCCCUGUUGCAACAACCCGCGAGCGUCCAGGCUGGCAAGACUUACAACCUCUCCAUGGGCCUGUUGCUCAACUACCCCUCUGGCCUUCCCGCCGAUGGCGCCACUUGCAGUUUGCAAGUAUACCUCGUCGACUCCAACGGCUUCGGCAUACUGUUCGCUCAGACAAAGUACGGCAACGGCGACGCAGCUUUCCAAAGCAUUACUGGAACCGGAACAGUAAACAGUGGCUUCGACGGCAACUUCAAUAUCAUGCUCAGGUGUUAUGGCAGUGCGUCGGCGAUUGUCACUGGUAUCGAAGAUGUGGUCGUCUCAGAGUCGUAGUUGCUCCUUCUUAUCCUCUACUUUUCGUGUACACUCGUUCUUUCGGCUUUGAUAUAGGUUGGCGCCUCGGAUAAAAUAUUAUGUCUCUGGUAUACUCUAGCGUUUGAUACACUCUUUAGAUUAGCGAUCAAAAUUUCACGUUUUCACCUCG